CUUUUCCCUCGCUCCGUAAUCGACUCUCACCACAUUCCCGGUUUGUAAGGACGCUUUGACACAUCAAAUACAGCAAAGCAACGAAACCCACGUAGCGUACACGGCAUGGCAGACUACAAGAACCUCCCCGACUUCGACAGCCUGCCCACGAUCGACGGCGUGCCGCACCGCGCCUGGGGCCUGUUCGACAAGAACGGCAAAAAGGACCACCUGGGUUGCGUCAACCUCUUGACACCCGACGUGGUCAAGGAGGCGUACAAGGAAGCCCGCGACGGCGUCUCCGUCUCCCUGAACUGGCCCAUCGGGGCCAUCGCGACGCCCGGGUUCAACCGCAAGGGCCUCGUCCACAAGCCCCUCGCGUUCAAGGACCCCAACGUCUCGGUCCACUGCUUCGACGACGAGGUCGAGUUCAACACGCAGUGCUCCUCGCAGUGGGACAGCCUGGUCCACUUCGCCCACCAGGCCUCGGCGACCAACUACAACGGCACCAAGCCCAGCGUGGACGACCUGGUCCAGAACUUUGGCACCUUCGACACGGAGCGAGCCCUGCCGACCCUGAACCACUGGCACGAGCGGGGCGGCAUGGUCGGCCGCGGCGUCCUGCUCGACUACAAGGAGUACGCCCGGGCCAAGGGCAUCAAGUACUCCAGCUUCGAGGCCCACGCCAUCUCGGUCGCCGACCUCGAGGCCGUCGCCAAGCACCAGGGCACCACCUUCAAGCACGGCGACAUCCUCCUCGUCCGCUCCGGGUUCACCGACGACCUGAGCGGCAUCUCGGCCGAGGAGCAGGCCAAGCGUCUCUCCAGCCACAAGUGCGUCGGCGUCAAGGGCAACAAGGAGAUGGCGAGGUGGACGUGGAACCACCACUUUUCCAGCGUCGCGGGGGAUGCCAUCGCCUACGAGGUCAUUCCUCCCACCAUCGAGGAGGACAAUAACCGUGUUGGGACCCUCGCGGAAUUAGUGCUUCAUCAAUACUUCUUGUCCGGAUUCGGUCUGAAUAUCGGCGAGCUGUGGGACCUGAAAGCCCUGGGCGAGCAUUGCAAGAAGGUCGGACGGUACGAGUUCUUGCUCACCAGUUGUCCGCUGAACGUUCCCGGAUCCGUUGGAAGUCCCCCGAAUGCUCUCGCAAUCUUCUAGAGAAUUAGUAAAUGGCUGUUUCGAUCCUACCUCGAACAAUGAGGAGGGCCACCGUGUGUACGUGGAGCGGGAGUCUUGGACGUG